UUAGCAGAGAGUGAGAUGACCAUCUUCCCAUCAUGGACGAGACGCCAUGACAGAAAUAAUGUAACGACUGUGACGGAGCACUGGAACAGAUUGCCCAGAGUGGCUGUGGAGCCUCCCUCACUGGAGACAUUCCAGAACCCUCCGGACACAAUCCUGUCCCACGUGCUCUGGGAUGACCCUGGCUGGGCAGGGAGGUUGGACCAGAUGAUCCGCUGUGGUCCCUUCCACCCUGACCCAUCCUAUCUGUAUUUGCUCCUUGUGCCAAAAGAAUGUUCUGUGGUCCCAGAACAAUUCAAACGAUGGAUAAACACGAUUCAGAAACCUCAAGUAUUUACUCGGAUUAGAAGACCAGCUACAAUUAUAGUUACACACUACAAGCAAUAUCCACCUAACACAAGCAAAGUAUAUUCCUACUUUGAAUGUCGUGAAAAGAAGACUGAAAAUUCCAAACUAAGGAAAGUGAAAUAUGAAGAAACUGUUUUUUAUGGUUUACAGUACAUUCUGAAUAAAUAUUUAAAAGGUAAAGUGGUGACCAAAGAGAAAAUCAAGGAAGCCAAAGAAGUAUAUAGGGAGCAUUUUCAAGAUGAUGUCUUCAAUGAAAAGGGAUGGAACUAUAUUCUGGAGAAAUAUGAUGGCCAUCUUCCUAUAGAAAUAAAGGCUGUUCCUGAGGGCUCUGUAAUUCCCAGAGGAAAUGUUCUUUUCACAGUAGAAAAUACAGAUCCAGAGUGCUACUGGCUUACAAAUUGGAUUGAGACUAUUCUUGUGCAGUCAUGGUAUCCAAUCACAGUGGCUACAAAUUCUAGAGAGCAGAAAAAGAUUUUGGCCAAAUAUUUGCUAGAGACUUCUGGCAGCUUAGAAGGACUGGAGUAUAAACUGCAUGACUUCGGCUACAGAGGAGUUUCUUCACAAGAGACUGCAGGCAUAGGAGCUUCAGCUCAUUUGGUGAACUUCAAAGGAACAGACACUGUAGCAGGAAUUGCAUUAAUUAAAAAGUACUAUGGUACAAAAGAUCCAGUUCCAGGAUAUUCUGUUCCAGCUGCUGAACACAGUACCAUAACAGCCUGGGGGAAAGAUCAUGAAAAAGAUGCUUUUGAACACAUAGUAACACAGUUUUCUUCAGUGCCUGUAUCUGUGGUUAGUGACAGCUACGACAUUUACAACGCUUGUGAAAAAAUAUGGGGUGAUGACCUAAGGCAUAUAAUUGAAGCCCGAAGUCCAGAGGCGCCACUUAUUAUUAGACCAGAUUCUGGGAAUCCCCUUGACACUGUUUUAAAGGUCUUGGAGAUCUUGGGGAAGAAGUUCCCCAUUACAGAAAAUUCAAAAGGCUACAAGUUAUUGCCACCAUAUCUCAGAGUUAUUCAAGGGGAUGGUGUGGAUAUCAACACGUUGCAAGAGGGGAUGCUGGUAGAACAGAUUGUGGAGGGAAUGAAGAAGAAUAAAUGGAGUAUUGAGAAUAUUGCCUUUGGAUCUGGUGGAGCUUUGUUGCAGAAACUAACGAGAGAUCUCUUAAACUGUUCCUUCAAAUGUAGUUACGUGGUGACCAACGGUCUUGGGGUAAAUGUCUUCAAGGAUCCCGUGGCCGAUCCCAACAAAAGGUCAAAGAAAGGACGGCUGUCGUUGCAUAGGACACCUACUGGAGAGUAUGUGACACUUGAAGAAGGCAAGGGAGAUCUUGAAGAGUAUGGACAGGACCUCCUUCACACUGUAUUUAAGAAUGGAAAGGUAACAAAGUCAUAUUCAUUUGAUGAAGUAAGACAAAAUGCCAGGCUGAAGAACAGUGAAUUACAAACAGCGUCUCACUAAGUUCCAUUCCAUGUCUGUGUAUGUGUGUGUGUAACAAGUUCGUACUGCAUACCUACUGGUUUAUUGUACAGAUUUGUGUGUUUGUGUUUUAUGACAUUGUAGCCAAAUUAUUUGUUGGUUUAUGGACAUACUGCCCUAUCUUUUGCCAGUCUUUAGAAGAUGAAAUCAGGAAACGGUACUUACAUUGUAAAACAUAUUUAAUGCUAAAGUGUGCUUUUUAGGGCCCUUUGCCAGUAGUGAUUCAAUCUGGUAUUGAUCUUUUCACAAAUGAGACAGAGCUGAGAAACUUUUUUAUAUAUAACAGAAUAUCACAAAAUGAAUUUACAUAAAAUUAUCAUGAUUGCUUUAUGUUUAUAUUUAACUUGUAUUUUUGUACAAACAAGAUUGUGUAAAAUAUAUUUAAAGUUUCAAUAAUUAAGUCUUUCCAACUUUUCAUGAUUUUUAUGAGCACAGACUUUCAAGAAAAUAUUUAGUGGGGGGGGAAUCCAUUGCCUUUUGUCCAUUAAUCAGCAAAUAAAACAUGGCCUUAAAGUUUGUUGUGACAUUGUUCCAUUUGACAACUAAAUCAGGACUCGUAUCUCCUUAAGAUCCCAUAGAGUUGCUGACCACACCAUUUCUUGUAGUUGUCUGUAUUAGUAAAUCUGCAUUAAGCAAAAUUACUGUUCUUACUAGAAGGCUUAGGUACUACAGAUCUUGCUAGCACAGUAAGGUUUGUAAGUGAAAUGCCAAAUUUGAAAGGAUUCUCUACUGCAACUUAACUUGCCAGGUCUAUCCCACUUGGUAUAUGCACCUCAAUAUUUUAAGAGUAAAGUUUUUAAGAGAUCUCCUCUUCCACUAUAGAAUAUAUGUGUAAAAUACUGAAAUAUGGAAGCGGUGUAUUUUAAAGUAAUUACACUUCUGGGUUUAUUUUUCAUAUACUGUAAGUGACAUGACUUUAAAGCAAAAUACUGGACUGGGUAGUGCACUUUUUUACUUUUUUGUAUUUUUUUCAUUGAUUUGCCUUUUGUCAGACUGGAUGUUAAAUUGUAAAAAUGUUUAACUAUUUUUGUUAACAACUUUAAUAAAAGUCUAUGCUAGCCAAACUCCUACAUGAACGGCAGACCUGUUUCCCCUUCUCGCCCCAUCUCUUUGGGAUGAGGAGGGGCUUUUAUUCUGCAGAGGGUAGCUGUAAAACAAUAUGUUUGAGAUAUAGCUUUGAACUGUCUGCACUUGAUUGUAUUUGCUCUCUGCAUAUGCUUGAUAUGAGUAUCUGCUGGAAAACAAAACUGUUGAGGAUUUUAUUUGAGAAGCUAUGUAGUAACCUCUGACAUGUUUGAUAGUACUGUAGGAUGGCUCUCACUAGAAAAGUACCUCCCUUAGAAACAAAAAGCUACAGCAAAAGCAAACAGCUCCUGUUAUGCUGGUAAUCAGCUAUCAGCCAAUGGCUUAAUAUGCUGAUAUAAUUAAUGCUUCUAAUUAGUAAAGAAUGUUACUGAAAAAUGUUAGGGGUCCUCUAAAAUAAUUUAAACAUACAAAAUUUUAUAAAAUGUGCUUUUAGAGGAAGCUUGAAAAGCCAUACUUCAUUAUUCCUAUUCUCUCACCAAAAAGGGCCACAUCAAAGCAUCCAUAAUAUUUCUAGGGUUUGUGGUUAAGAUGUUUAUGCCCAGUCUCAAUAGUUCUUGUUAAUAAAAACCUGUUUCUCACUUGUAGUGUAUGUAAUUAUACAUUUAAGUGAUGUAUUGUUUCAAAAAUAGUGUUUUAGUAAGACUCUAAAUGCUGACCUUUCACACUGAGGAACUGCCUUCCCUUUGCUAUUAAUUAUAUAGUUUGGUUUUGGCCAGGAAAGGUUUUGAAUCUGGACCUAGGAUCAGUAGCAGGUAUUUCACUCUAGGAUCAGUAGCAGGUAAAUAGUACAGAGCCUAUUUCACUCCUCCACAUGUGUACUAGGGAAUUCUAUGAUGUAUGGUUUAAAAAACAAUAAAGUAAAUGCUGCUUUCAUUCUGUACCAAUAAAAAUUUUGAUAACUAUUGACUACCCAUAACUGAUAUUUUUGUACUUGAGAACUGAGGAUAUACUGUGGAAGCACUGUUUUCUUGUGUACCAUGAAAUACGUUAGUAAUUGUUCAGUAUUGUCUAAAACUUUCAGCUUAUUAGUUGGAAACUCAAAGCAAAUUCUCUAUUUGUGCAUGUCACUUUCGGAAGGUUGUAACGUCACUCAUUUUAUUAAAUGUUAAUAUCUCUAAAAGGGAAAAAAGA